GGUUAUGAUGGAUGAUGAAACAAAGGAAAUGUGAGAAUAUUUUCUGGAAAAGAUUAGGAAGAGGAAACUUGACCAUGAGAGGAGGGACAUGGAGGAAAAAGAAACACGCCGAAAGGAGGAAGAGGAUCGAAAGAAGCAGGAAAGGUUGAGGGAGGUAGAUACAAGGGAGACGAGAUUAGAGGCUCGAUUAGGGGGGCUACUAACUCGGCAUAUGAAGGUGAGUGUGAAAUCAGAGAGUUCUGGUGUGAAAACGAAGUUGCCAAAGACCAAGGCAAGGGUAUUACGUGAGAUAAUAAGUUAUUUCGACGAAUCGAAGGACGACAGCGAAGAAGUGAAGGAGGAGGGAGGGAAACUCAUUGAAGCAAUUGAGAGGAGGAAGGGCAAGAGGGGGAUUACUCAGGAGGAGGGGAGGGUGUCGAGGAUCAAGAGAAGGGGGCACAAAGUUUAUCCUAUUAGGAUCGAUGAUGAUGAAGAACGAACAACUCCGCCAACAACGACAGGAAAUGACGAAGACCUGGCGAAUCUUGGAGUUCUUGACUUCGAUAUUGAACUACACAAGCAUCUAUCCGAGAAAAAGGUGUUGGAACUGCGGAAGUUGUGCAAUAGUGAAGGUAUCGAGUGGUCAAAGAAAGAUGCCAUCGGCGAGCUGGUAAAGACUAAACAUUUUGACCUUAAAUCUAUGGAUGAGUUGAGAAAGCAAUGUGAGGAGAUUCAACAAGAUUUGUGUCCGAAAGGGGACGAGGUUCUCGCGAGAAGUUAUGAUAUCAAGGAUAUGUUUGCACAACUCUCACACAAGAGUGUCUUGGAAGCAGUUGAUUGGGUGAUAAUGUGGCAUGAGAGGAGGGGAAUGAGAGGUUUACGGGUUAGUCAGAGAGGGAAGCUUUGUGCGAUGGUUAAGAGAGUACGGAAGGAGGAGGGUAUUGUCAUCCUUUUGUUUGAUGAUAUUAGAAGGGAAGUGGCAUUUGAACUGUCCCGAUCAUAUGUUCGAUGCAUGUUUUCUUUGCUGAUGCAAGAAUUUGAAAUUCCCAUGGGCCGGAAUUCCAGUCCAGCGUUGGCGUGCUUGGUGUGCAUAAGGGAUGAAUCAGCCUUUUUAGAGCGGAUGACAGGGUUGGGGGCAGUCGCAAGAGGGAUAAGGAUGAUUGAUGAUGUGGAAGUUUUGGUUGGAUUUAUGAUGAGUGGACGAGAUACGAUUGAGAGGGUGGUAAUGGCGCUGGACGAAUUCAAGAACUGCUACGACGGAUAUUUGAAACUUGUCCAGAAGGAUGAUGGAGGGAAUGUUUUCGACUUCUUAGGUGCUCGGAUCUUUGUUGAGUUUAGGCUCAAGAGGAUCGAUGUACAUCCCAAGGCAAAGAACCAACAAUGUUUGCUUGAGAAAGGGAAGUUAAGGAUACAAUCCAUGCAGGAUUUUACUUCGUUUACGAGGAAGGCGUCAAAGAAUGCGACUGUGUAUGUUCUGCUGAUCAGGAUGAAUCGCAUCUCAAGCUCUGACAAAGCGAUGAAGCUGCGAUUGCAGCUCUGAUGAUGGAAACAUGCCUUCGGGGGUAUCCCCCGAGGGUCUCUCUAGGGGCCCUAGCGAGGUUCGCUAGGUUGUCC